AUGUUCAUCUCACUGACAACAACAGAGUUAUUUCUCCUGUUGAAUGGGUCCCCAAGUCCUGGUCGUCCCCGAUCGCAAAGCGGGCGCUCAACUUCGCUCUCACAUCCCUUACCAUCAACGCCAUCAUCACCUAUCAAAGGGAGCCCUGGCAAUCUUAGUGCUUUCUCAAGAUCCGCUCGUGUAACCUCUUUUAGUAGUGGAAGUGGUGCUAGUGGUGGGAUGGAUGCAACAGAGUCUGGCCAUACAAAUGCUCAACUUCGCGGAGGUCGCCUUUUGCAUGAUCUUCUGACCGCCGAUGAGCCUGUAAAGCUAGAAAAGAGCAACAUAAUUCUUCUUGGUCCUACUGGAUCAGGUAAGACUCUGCUUGCCCAAACGCUAGCACAGUGCUUGGACGUACCAUUUGCAAUUUGUGAUUGUACAACACUUACCCAAGCUGGAUACGUAGGUGAGGACAUAGAAUCCGUGAUCUCAAAACUGCUCCAGGAUGCCAAUUUUAGCGUCGAGCGUGCCCAACAGGGAAUUGUGUUUCUUGAUGAGGUCGACAAGAUAAGCAGCAAAUCUGGUCUAUUUCAUUCGAUUCGGGAUGUUGGAGGGGAAGGUGUACAACAGGUAAGCUUAUUCCACUUCAUCAUUUAUCAUAGAUUCUGUCAAUUAUUUUAA